AUGAAUCAAUUGGCUUUUGUGUUUGGCCUUCUAGGCAACAUUGUCUCAUUCUUGGUGUUCCUGUCUCCCAUGCCAACAUUUUACCAAAUCUACAAGAGAAAAUCGACCGAAGGGUUCCAAUCAGUCCCUUACACUAUCGGAUUAUUUAGCGCAAUGCUUUGGAUAUAUUACGCGUUUCUCAAACCGGACACGACCCUACUCAUCACCAUCAACUCAUUCGGUUGUCUCAUCCAAUCGGCAUACAUUUCAUUCUACCUCUUUUACGCUACCAAAAACGCAAGGGUCCAAACCGUGAGGCUGCUUCUUUCGUUAAAUGUGACCGGCCUAGGCUUAAUCGUGCUGCUAACUCACUUCUUAGCAAAAGACUCGAAUCGUGCGGAUAUUGUUGGAUGGAUUUGCCUUGUUUUCUCUCUGUGUGUAUUCGUAGCACCAUUAUGUGUCGUAAGACAAGUGAUACGGACGAAAAGUGUGGAAUACAUGCCGUUUCUUCUCUCGUUCUUCCUCACGCUAAGUGCUGUUAUGUGGUUCUUUUACGGCUUAUUACGCAAAGAUUACAACAUUGCCAUCCCUAAUGUUCUGGGAUUCAUAUUCGGUGUGCUGCAAAUGAUCCUCUACACUAUUUACAAGAAUGCAAAUAAACCCGAGCACGAAAAGCAGCAGCAGCAGCAGCAGCAUCUCUCGGAAAUCGAAAGCCAAAUAAACGCGAUCGAGGGUUUAAAAAUACCGGAAUUAAAAGAUCAGAUUAUUGAUAUUGUGAAGCUCGGCAAUGGACUCGCUGUAGAAAUUGUUCCGGUGGGCCCCAUUCUCAUCGAUGACGUGGAAAUCACUCUGGCCGUGGAAAAGGCGUGCGCCGUGUAA